UGCAGGCUGUAAGAAGAGAAGUGUUAGCUUCAAAUUUAUACAUGCAGCUAAGCUAGCUUGCUCGCUAACCACUAAUUUCUGACAGGAGACGCCCUCUGAGAAACGUCAGUACUUUUAAUACAUCUGUAACACUGCGCUUAUUGAAAAUGUAACUGUAAUAUAGACACAGUUUGAUCCUGAAUCACUGUAUUUCCAGUGAAUGUGUAUGUAUCAUGUCGGUAAGCAGCGUUAGCUCAUGUUAGCAGAGACGAGCCGUCGCGGGGCCUCGCCACAUGCGUGCCGUUAGCGUAACUUCAAUCCCAAUUACGUCUAUUUCUGCCAAAUAACUCACACUUAACUACAAAAUACGGAAAUAUUGUCAAUAUACGAUGAGUAAUAUAAUGUUUUAUUCACAUUCAACAGUUCACCGUUGACUUAAAACGACAAAAGUAUGCUGGAAGAAACGUGUACCCACCGGCCGCUAGCUGAGCCUCAACGAAAAGAGAGAGGAAGAGGCUGGCGCUGUAGUACGUCACUUCCCCUACAGUGGUCUCUUUAGAAAUAAAACAAUGCGAACGUAUUUUGAUCACAUCUAAGUUUAACUUCUUGUUUUUUUUGGGAAAAGGUUAUCAGUUGCACACGAAUUUUAUUAUUUCGAAAAACCAUCGCUCAUUUAGCCCAGAUUAUGGUUAAAUGUUUGAACAAAGACAGGGUUGUAACUCUUAUAAACAGAUGUAAAAGCAGUUUAAUUCACUUUAAAAGUAUAAUUUCGUACGGCAUAUACUUUAUAAUUUAAAAAAACGAGUGUAACUGCUGUGAGAAAGUGUAGUCCUUCUAUAAAGUCAGUGGCUGAGUCAUAUUUUGAGUUUGCUCCAAGAUAAUAGACUGCAAAAUGAAGCUUUACUGACACCUGCUGUUGUAAAGACAAAAGAUUUUAAGCGAUGAUGUGAACACGAACAAAGCAACACAAUGUGUGACAAGUGCGGCAAGUAAAAGUGCUUAAUUUGAAAGACAUUUAAACAUUGCGUUAUAUUUGUGGACUAUUUUACUUCACAUUCAUGCUGUACACUUUCAUAUAAAACGUGAAUAUUAACCAAACCAAACUAACUAACCAAAUACUUUUUUUUUGAAUAUUUCAAUAUAAUUGCAAUUGUGCACUCAAAUGCAAACUGAAUCAUGCUGCUCAGUAAGCUGUGCAAAAGAGUAGGAGGCAUGUCCACCGCUUAAAGGUGUCAGUCUGCCUUUUCUGUAAAACCAGCAAAUCAGAACAGAAGAAAGUCUAUGCUACUACAUCAUUACAGGUUUUCUUUCUGGACAUAUUUGCUGCCUAAUUUAAUAGUUUUAUGUGUCCACUCCACUUGUUUCAUUUGGGCAGGUAACAGGACACCAUGGCAUGUAUUUGUUUCUCUGCAGGAGCAGCAACAGUAUCAACAUUAUCAAGUUCCACAGCACAGAGGUCUCCAUGGUGAGGCAUUGUAGCAUUUUUCACCAGCUUCAAUAGCAGAUGGCUGAGAAGGACACUGAAGGUAUCUGACAUGACUGCGGUGGUCAAAACGCUGAUUCCAGCCCGUCCUGUGGGCAAAGAACUUCUGUCAAACAUCCCAUUUCUGGAUACAAACAAUCCAGAUGUAUACUCAACCCGUUUCCAGGAGGACUUCCAGCAUUUUAAUUCAAAGAAGGCAGAACCUCUUUGUCAGCCCAGCCCAGCUCAGGUGAUCCACAACAACUUAAAGCACAAGGAGUACCUGACGGAGGUGAAGAUGUCCUACCAGUAUCACCCAUUGAAACCGACCACCUGCAUCCCAAAAUGGACUACGCUUCUCACCAAUUUCAAGAUGCAAACUGACCCUAAGGAGGUUACUUUCCUCAGCACCCAGUCCCAGCAGUACCAGCCCCAUCCCUUCCAGCCCCCUGCUGCUCCCAUCAGACCAACACUGGUCACCAAGAACAUCCAGCAAGAGCAAACGCUUUCAGAAAGCACCACCCAAGCCGCCUUCAUUCGACACCACAGCAGCCCUUUGGUGAAAGCCACAGUAAAACAUCUAGAGGGCUUCCCUACAAUAAAAGGAGAUACAUGCCUUUGCAACUUUGUCUCCCAGUACAACAACACUUUUCAGGGAGCUUGGGGCAGAGCUGCUCAACCUGUGGAAAAGCACUCCUCUCGGGUGCCUAUGGGUGAUCCUGUGAAGAUUGUAGAAACGCAGACAACCCAUGGUGCGUCCUUCAGCCACCCCACAGUCUGCAGACAGCCUGUAGAAAAGGUGAAAGAGCGUGUCAAGCUCAACCUUGGAAAUUUCUCCAAGGACUCGUGGUCCUCCUCAUCUAGAGAGGCCUUUUGUCACCACAAGCUCGGAGAUGCUGUUGUUCGGAUAAAAAAGAAUAAAAAUUUCAGUUCUUUGCCCAAGGGAGACACUGAUACAAAGCAAAACAAAGAGUGGAUGUCAGUCACCACCAACAGAAUUUCUUUCUCUGAUCAGAACCACUCACAGCGUCCAGUGUUUGUGUCUGGGCCUGACCUGAUGACCAAAAGCCAUGUGCAGUUCAACCCACCCAGCCUGUCAGGUCGAUACUACACAACUACAUCCAAAGACGACUACAGCAAAAGGGACGGCAUGCGGACCAGACCAGUCACUCAGCUACCGAGCAACAUACUAAGUGGAAAAGAACAAGGGCUGAGAAUCAGCACCACCAUGGCUGACUUUGUCCCUAUGAAGACCUACAAAAAGACACCCAGACAAUCGCAGAAUUCAAGGAACAACAUCAGGUUUCCACUGGCCCAACAGCAAUUCAGCACCACCACCAGUGAAAGCUACACAGCCAGACCUCUGAUCCAGCACCAGCAGCCUCCUCACAGCAGCCAGUUCAUCACUCACUUUGUCCUACAGUGACCGAGAAUCACAACUCGGUCACCGGCUCGCUGCCUUGCUCCUAAUUAAAGGCAUAAAGUCACACCAUGAUUCAAGAAUAGUUUCCUGAAGCUUUUACAGUCACGUUUGAAAUACGCACAAUAUUCUAUACAUAUGACACGCUCUAGAUGUUUUCCUGACUUUGUUGUUUUUGUUUUUGACAAUGUGCAUGUAACUUUAGUCAGUUAGUUUAGUCUAGUUAGUGGGAAUGAUAGUAAAGUUCACAUGUAAAAACGGUCACAUGCAGUUACAGUGCUAUACAAAAAGUAUCGGUACAGAAAUCUUCUAUUUUUGCAUAUUUCUCACAUUUAAAUGUUCCAGAUCAUUCACUCCUGAGGAGGUUCACCACUGUUCCAUGUUUCUACAUUUGUGGAUAAUAUCUCUCACUGUGGUUCACUGGAGUCCCAGAACUCUUUCCAGACCUAUAAAUAUCAGUGACUUUGUUUUGCAUCUGUUCUGGACUCUCUUUAGAACUUGGCAUCAUGUGCUGCUUUUUGAGCCCCUUUAGCUACUUCAUAAUGCCAGACAGGUUCUAUUUAGGGAUGUUUAGAUUCAACAAGCCUGGCAGUAGUCAUACAUGAGUGUGAUUGGUGAAAUUGAACCCUUGGUCAUUGGUAGAUUGGUAGCUAAGGGAGCAAUUACUUUUUCACAUAGGGCAUUUUUCUUUCAAUAAAUAAAAUCAUUUAAAAAUUGCAUCUUUGUCUUACAUUAAAAUUAGUUUGAUGAUCUGAAACAUUGAAGUGUGUCAAUCAUGCAAAAAUAGAAGAUAUAUGCUUGGAGAGGCAAAUAAUAACACAUAUUAUGCAAUUAAUUGUUAAACAUAGAAGUCUGAAAUUGUUUCAUAUCACUACUAUUCUGAUUAAAUAGCAGCUCAGAUGAAUUUUCAGUUUACCUGGAUUCAGUGCCACAAAGUCUAUGUAGUCUGUGUAACAGGCUGUUGUUGUUACAAGAGAAAAGGCUGUCAUUAAUCAAAUAAAACCACUUUCUGAAAUCAUUAAACACUGGUAUGAAAAAUGUUUUAAAAAGUCUUAAAAAAGGCCAUACAUAGUGAACUCCUUGCUUGAGGCAAAUGCUUUCAGAGGUGGAGCCUGCUACAAAAGAAGUGUGCUGUCGUCCUAUUUACAGGCCUUAACCCUGAUCCUCUAGCUCUUUAGAAAUUAUAAAUCCUAUAAAUGUGAAGCAUGCAUUCAACCUAAUCAUUCUGUCACAUUUUCUCUCUGUGUACUGGGUUUUUCAAUGAACUGCAGAGGAAUUCUCAUAAUCUUUCUGGGCUGAUAAAUAAAUAAACUUUUAGCAAGAUCAGUAGAGUGUGAAAUGUUGAAGCAGUGUGCAAGUGCAGCUUUAGCAGUUACGUGGCUUAAACAUAAACCUUUAGCCUCACUUGUCAGACAAGCCAGCCUCGAACCUGACUGCCCUGCUUCCAGCCUGUUCACGCUGCGUUAAAAAGUGAAGAAGGUGUUUUUCACAGAAAGAAUCUCAUCCUCUCCUUCAAGCAUGACUGACCACAAAACUCCACAAAAACAAUCUAUGUUGUAGCAAUAACACAGCCUUGACCCAGAGAUGCAGGCUCGGCUGAUAAAAAAAAAAAAAAAAAGUUGGCAUGCAGGCAAGCAGAUGUAAAUAAACUGAAUCUGGAGGUCAUCAACCUGGUGAAAAGUCAGCGGGCUGGAAUUUUACCUGGCCAAUAAGACCAGAUACAAGUCCAAAGGGUACAGAGAUUAAAAAAGAAAAGAAAAAAGGUGGUGUAUUGUUAGAUUAAUCUUCAAUAGACUGGACAGUUUGUGUUUGUUGCACCAACAAGCAUACCAAAUAUAGGUGACAUUUAAAUUAAAGACAAUGAAAUGAAACAAACAUUUCUCUUUUUCUGCAACUGGUCUCUUAAAAACUGUCUACAUCAAUGAUUGAACAGGCAGAUCCAGCCAAGGAGACAGCUCUGACCUUCCUGAUUUGAGCAGUGUUGCAGUAGAUAUUUAGCACAAAACGUGCAAAUCUCUUAGCAAAAUUAAACACACAAGCACUGUAUGGAUAUUGUGGUGAUGUGACAACUGACAACUGUCUGAAUUUUCCUUUGAUUUGAGGUAUUCAUCUCAUGCAACUUUAAUAUUAAUAGAUAAAGUCAUGGUGAAGUUUAAAACUAAAAAAAAAGUUUUACAAAGGAAACUUCUUCAGUAAUUUGAUCAUGUCAUGAGUACAAAGUUAGAAUUUGGGUCAACAUGUGACAUUGUUGUCAUGUGAGGGCAGAUGCACAUGACUAACAAAGACACCACCUUUUAUUUAGGGUUAAUUUAGUUUGACCCUUUCCUCUUUUUUCACUGCUUUGUGAAGAGUAUGUUUUACACAAGUUAAGUAGAAGGCUCUUGCCCUUUUCCUUGUGUUCAUAAAGAUAAAAAGAAAAACGUUAGUAAUUUAAAAGCAUUUGCUAUUUUGGCUGAGAAAAAACUUCAAAAUUGAAGCGGACGUUCAACAAUGACAACAGAGCCAACGGUCGACUGUACUUGAAUGAGCUCCUUUCUUCCAUGGCAUCAUUUUUGUAAGUUGGCUCACGUGAUGACCUUGGGUGAAUAUUGCUGAAAUGGGACACCUGACAAAUUGGGAGCAAUGCUUAUGUGUUGCUGAAAUGGUGUGAUAAGGCCAGAAUUGCAAUGGUAAAAUAAAUGACACGGUGGUCUGACAUUCAAAUUGUUAUUCUUUAAAAAAUGAAAAACAGUAUAAUGGGACAUAACUAUGUAUUAAAAUUACUAAGAAACAAUUCAAUACUCCUUUCACCUUUUUGAAAAAUACUACCUUGGUCAGUGUCCCAUUUUGCCAAUUGCAUCUCGAUAAUGCCAAAAUGGGAUAGUGCUCUUAUUCAUUUUGAUAGUAAAAAUGUUUUGAGAAUCAGAAAAUACAUGCCACCUUAAAAAAAUAAAUAAAAUGUCUACCAAUGAAAAGCUCUGGCUAGGUAUUUGUAGCUAUUCUGCUUAGUUUUUUGACUUGAAUAUGACAAUAAUAUUGAAGUAAAUUUUAAAUGUAUUUUAAGUGAAUGUAUUCGUAGACCUAUAAGUGACCAUCUUGUUGUUGUUCUUGUUGUUGUUUUAAUCAAAAUAAAGAGCAAACAAUGCCAAGUGCAUCUUAAUGGUUCAAAUAUUGCAAUUGUUGGUUGUAUUUUAUCUACAUAAUUAUUCAAAGACAUAAAAGGUUUACUUAUCCUCAUUAAUUUGUCUUUUUCUUUAUACUGUAACCGUAAAUCGUUGUUUGGCUAACCCGUCUCCAGGCCUGUAGGUCAGGCAGGUUACUAUUAGCUUAUGUUCUCAUUAGGUUUUUAACGAUCUUCCAUGCUAGUAGAUCACCAAAACGGCAGGACAGUUUCAGCAGGUUUAUUAGCAGCUCAGGACAACAAACGCUGACCACACUCUACCUGACUCACCUUAAUGACCAAAAACAAUAGAGAGUAGGAACCAACACUGGGAUAUAGAGCAGAGCAAGAAGUAAACAUAAAACAACAAAAGAUCUGACUAAAUAAUUAAUGAAAUAAUAUCUAAGACACACCGUAAAUUCAUACCAAAAUAAUAGACAAAAUUAAGCAAAUGCAAAUGAAUGUAAUUAUACACAAGUCUAAUGUUACAAUACCACAACAUAUGAUGCUUUAUUUGGACGAUGAAGGUGUCCCAUUGAUAAUGUCAAAAUGGGGCUCUGUAAUGUUGACAGUGAAAAAAAUGC